AUGGGCUUCGAUACCAUGAGGUCGUUCCAACACCUGGGCUUGAACUCUUCGCCCCAUAGCUUAGAGGCCGCCGACGAUGGUUCCAGCAACGAAAGCCUCCGACGACAAGACUCUUUCAUGUUCAAUGAGAGCAUAAGACAACGGCAAGUCAACAGCCGCCCCGCGACAAACAUCUUCCAUGUCCUAACAGUUCACAGAGGAGGUAUUGCGGCUACACGAACACGAAACACUUCUGAAGCCGGUCGAUCGAUCAUGCGCAACAAGAGACCUUCGUUACCUGUCACGGCACCUCCAUCGUUUCAAGCUACCAAAGCAAAAUGGUCACCACCAGCAUCUCCCGCAACCACAUCACCAACAGCAUCACCUACCUCGUCACCCAGAACAUCGUCAGCACAAAUCAACACCACCAGCUCAAUACCCUCACCUUCAAAUCUCACCAUGAGCGCCAAGGAGAAGCAUGCCUUGGGCAAUCAACUGUUCGAUGCUGCUUGCUCUGGUGAUCUGACUGGCAUUCAACUGCUCCUGGCACAAGGCGCACCCAUCAACUGCUCGGUUCUUGUUGGAGGCCUUUUCGAGUCGUUCAAGCCAGCAAAGGCGGGUCACAUCUGCCCACUAGCAGGUGCUGCAUCUUAUGGCCAAUACGAUGCCGCCGAGCUACUCCUCGCGCACAACGCAGAGCUCAACCCAAACACAAGCCAGUCUGCCAGCAGUCCACUUCAUCAAGCAAUCAGAAACAACGACAUGGAGCUAGUACGAUUCUUCCUCGAGCGAGGCGCGGACGUGAACAUCAACAACAGUUACAAAACGACACCGCUGAUGUACGCCUGCAAAUACGGCUCACCAGAGCUCGUUGCCCUCCUCUUGGAGUCCAAGCCAGACGUCAACAGCUUGUCCUUCAUCAACGUUGCCGCGAUCCACUGGUCGGUAUGGCCCGGCAACACCGAAAUCACGGAACUGCUCCUCAAGGCCAAGGCCAACCCGAACCACCCGAUGGCAGAUGGCAACACCCCGUUACAUUGCGCAAUCAUGACCGGGUCACUUGUCUUCAACUUUUACUCCCAUCAUUACUCGCGCCCGUACGAGACCGAGAAGAGACCAGGCAUCGUCGCCCUCGGUGUCGCCGAAGAAACAGGCGGCGACUCCACAUCUCUUCUCCACACGUGCUUGCAAGGGUGUAUCCCUGCGAAGAUCUGUCUGUUGAAAGGAAGCCGGACUUCUCGCCGCGCGCUCGGACGGUCUGGCGUGGGCUUAGGGUUGUCAUGUGAUGGGAGAAUGAGAAUGAGCAGGGCUGUGAUAGAGCGCGCGGGUUCCGCGUGGACGGGUAUUUCGUGGGUGAAGAUGGUGAGGUUGAUUCUUUUUCCUGUUGUGGUGAUUUUUACAGUCUGCAAGAGAGGUUCUCUGGGGCUUCGGCGGUUUGCUGUCUGA